AUGACUGAAGCACCCAAGCAGUGUUACUAUGAGGUGCUUGAGGUUGACAGAAAAGCCUCAUUAGAUGAUAUACGUCGUGCUUACAAAAAACAAGCACUUCUUCAUCAUCCUGAUAAAAAUUACGGUAAUGUUGAAAGUACAAUUGCCAGAUUUAAGGAUAUUCAAAAUGCCUACGCAGUUCUUAGUGACCCAGAUGAGCGAGCUUGGUAUGAUGCUCAUCGGGAAACUAUACUGAAUGGUGGGGAUGCCACUGAUUCUUCUUAUGAUAUGAACCUUUAUGCAUAUUUUACAUCACGGUGUUUUGAUGGAUUUAGUGAUGAGAAAGGUGGAUUUUAUGCUGUUUAUCGGCAGGUUUUUGAUCAGAUUAUUGAGAGUGAAGUUGAGUUUAACGAUAUUGCAAGUAAUUGGCCAAGAUUUGGAGAUAGCUCAACUCAAUGGAGUGAAUUAUCUAAAUUCUACAGUCAUUGGAAAAAUUUUAGCUCAUUUAAGACCUUUGCAUGGGAAGAUGAAUACAAAAUAAAUGAAAUCCCUGAUCGUGCAUCAAGGAGAAUGGCAGAAAGAAUUAAUCAAAAGGCUAGAGGUGCUGCAAAGAAGGAAUACGUACAAACUGUUCAAAGCCUUGUUCGAUUUGUAUAUCGCCGUGAUCCUCGUGUAGAAGCUGAGUUAUCUCGUCAAGAAGAAGAAGAACGUUUAAAAGCAGAAGAAAAAGAGCAAAAAGAAAAAGAAAGGGCUAAAAAACGUCGUGAAGCUAACGAGAAAUUCUGGAUCGAAGCUGCAGAACAAGAAGCUGAGGAAGAACGAGAACGAAUGGAGAGGGGAGAGGCUAUAGAUGGUUCUACACUGGAACUUGUUUACGAGAAGCAACGACAAGUUGAAGAGGCACGAAAAGGGAAAAAUGGUGAUAGUAAUGGUUUUGCCAUGCUUGAGGGUAAUGAUGAUGAAAAAACGCAGGAGAUAAAACUUAACUGUCCUGCGUGCAAGAAACAAUUUAAAAGUGAAGGGCAAUAUAAGGAACACAUAAAUAGCAGUAAACAUAAGACAAAGUUGCGGCAGUUGUCUGGUAAAGGAAUUGAUGUUGAGGCUCUUAUGAAAGAUUCUAAUUAG